CCCGAAAGAGAUAGAGAGACUGAGAGAGAGAGAAAAAAAAAAAAAAAAAAAAGAAUGGCUUCAUCUGUCUCACUAGCUUUCCUUCUCACCACCUUUCUGAUCCUCUGCACUAUCUGCCACGCUACCAACCCUGCAAUGAUAUUGACCCUGGUCAACAACUGUCCUUUCACUGUCUGGCCGGCCAUCCAGCCCAACUCCGGCCACGACGUCCUGGAGCGCGGCGGUUUCGCUCUCCACACACUCACCCACCGCUCCUUCCCCGCUCCGAACCACUACUGGUCGGGUCGGAUCUGGGCCAGAACGGGCUGCACGUACUCCAACAACCGCUUCUCCUGCGCCACCGGCGACUGCGGCGGCAAAAUCGAAUGCAACGGCGCCGGAGGCAAAACUCCGGCGACGCUGGUCCAGAUCACACUGCACCACGGCCACAACGACUUCACCUCCUACGGUGUCAGCCUGGUCGACGGCUUCAACCUGCCGAUGACGGUGACGCCGCACGAGGGGAAAGGGGUUUGUCCGGUGGUCGGUUGCCGAGCCAAUCUGCUCGCCACGUGUCCCGAGAGUUUGCAGCUGCGGAGCCCUCCGGUUCACGGUCCGGUCGUGGCUUGCAAGAGCGCUUGCGAAGCUUUCGGCACGGACGAGUUAUGUUGCAGGAACCACUACAAUAGUCCGCAGACUUGUAGAGCCUCCAACUACUCACAGUUCUUCAAGCAUGCUUGUCCCGCUACUUUUACUUACGCCCACGAUAGCCCGUCGCUCAUGCACGAGUGCUCUUCGCCACGUGAGCUGAAGGUCAUCUUUUGCCACU